AUUCAAGAUUUAUCGCAUUAUCGCUCUGUUCUCUGCAAGUUGUGCUGAGGAAGGGAGGAGGGUUUUGGUUGUGUGCCUCCACCGUGAUAGAGAGAAAGAGAUGGCCGCCACAAUUGUGUCUUCGUUUCCAUUUCACGCCUUUGUCUGCUGUUCUUCUUCCGCAGAUGCUAGGGUUUCAGCUAAUCCUCCCUACAGAAUUAGUAACCGCCAUUCGAGCAGGGGCAGCAGCAGAAGCAGCAGUACAAGUAUCAUCAGGUUCAGACCAAACUUAAUAAACCCUUUGAUGGGUAAGAAGAAGGCUAGCCUCUACCCAUCUCGUCCCGACCCUUCUUCCAACAUUUGCAGAGCAGCAGAAUACAAGUUUCCGGACCCCAUCCCUGAAUUUGCUGUUCAAGAAACAGACAAGUUCAAGAAUCAUUUGGUAAACAAACUGUCAAAGAAAGAUAUUUUUGAGGAUUCACUCGAUGAAGUCUUAGGAAUUUGUAUUGAGAUUUUCAGUACCUUCUUGCAUAGUCAUUACGGGGGUCCAGGGACUCUUCUGGUUCUACCAUUUAUUGACAUGGCCGAUGCUAUCAACGAGAGGGGCUUGCCCGGAGGUCCACAAGCCGCUCGUGCAGCUGUCAAAUGGGCAACAGAUCAUGUUGACAAGGAUUGGAAAGAAUGGAACAACAACAACAAGAAGAAAUGAUCAAAUAUUAUUAAGGUUUGAUACAAAAAUCACUCAUGACGAUUGCAAUGACAUGAGUGAGUGUAGUAGAUUGAUUGGUAGUAGGAGGUGAGAUCAAACAGUUUUGUUCUGAAUUUACUUUGAAACUAUAUAAAAAAAGGAUAUUCUAUGUUUAGAAAUUUAUGUUGUUUGCUGGCUGUGGCUAAACACAACAAAUCCAUUCAGCUGGAGUCUCAAUUAUGAAAAACUGAAAUUGUAUUUCUAAUUGAUUUUUGGUUGAAAUGAUGUACAAGCUUUAGUGUCAGCUUAAGCA